AUGAACGCUAAUGUGACUAUCUUACCCAAACUGCUUUAUCUUGAAGAAUUGACCAUCGAAUUAAAUUGUCGUGAAAAACUUAAUAAUACAACUGAAUAUCUUAUUAAUUUCUAUUUAUUUGCUGUACCAAAUAAUCUUCGCAAAGUAACACUGAACAGUAGCCAAGGUAUUCAUCUCAGACCUCAAAUUCAAUCAAAUACACAUUUGGAAGACUUAUCCAUUCAGAUAGCCACGGUAGACGAUUUACCGGUACUUUUUACUCUUGUACCUUGUCUUAUUCGAUUGGAAGUAAGUGUCAUUCAUUGUGCACCACCAACAUUCGUUUCUCAAGAUCGAUUUUCAAUAGAUAUUACAUCGAAACUUCUAAAAGAAUUAUACUUAUAUACGAUGGACAAACAAGGGAUGCCAUUUGAAACACUGAAAGUAAUGAUGUCUCUUAUGCUUUCAAUCGAAUACCUUGCUUUCGGUAUAAAGACCAAUGACCCACACUAUGCCGAGGCUACUCUUUGGGCAGAGCUGAUCACUUCAAUGCCUUGUCUAACGACAUUACAUCUAGGCCUCGAGAUUGAAAUAACGGAAACUCUACUUAGUCGUUUCGGUGUUGAAACAAAUAAUGAUCUCAAACAAGCAGUUUUCAAUUCAUUUAUCGAAAAUAUCGAUCUUUCUUCUUUUAUUAUCUAUACAAAUAUGCAAACCUUGUUCAUCGACACUGUUCCUUAUCGAUAUAAUCGUGAUCAAAGUUAUACAACAUCUCCAGAAGCUGUACAUGCUCUCUGUAAUAAUGCGAAAGCCGUUCAGCAGCCUCCUUAUCGCCUUGUCGGACUCUCAAUGCAUGGUGAACAUGUUCCAAUAACAACAGAAGAUUAUUUAAGCGUUAUAUGUCGUUUUCCAAGUAUCAAAUGGCUUUAUCUCGAUUCGAUUAAUGUUAGUGAUGAGUCAAAAGAAAAGGAUGUUACACUUCCAGUUACUUUGAAACUCAAACAUCUCAAAAGCUUGUACUACUUUCGCUCGACUACAUGAUCUCGUCAUAUGGCGACAAAAACUGAUGAAAAGUUUUGCGUUACAUGCAAAAAGACAAAAAACACAGUGAAAUGUAGUGGAUGUUCUACAGAUUUUUGUUCUGAUUAUAUUGUUGAGCAUCGCCAUGAAUUGAGCGAACAAUUAAAUACAAUUGAAGAUCAAUUUAACGAGUUAAAAAUUAGAAUCGCCGGACAAAAUGUCAAACAACAAAAACAUGAAUUAAUGAAACAAAUCGAUGAAUGGGAAUAUGAAUCGAUCGAAAAGAUCCGACAAGUUGCCAAUGAAGUUCGUCGUGAACUUUCAUUGAGUGUCACCAAAGUUGUCACCGAUCUGGAUUUCAAAUUGAAUCGACUGACAGAACAAAUCGUUAAAUUUCGUAAAGAUGAAGAUAUUGCCGAGACAGAUAUUCAAGUUUUCAAUGAAGAACUUCAACGAUUAAAAACCAACCUCAAGAAUUCAUUAAAUUUCAAAUAA